AUGAGUCACUCACAACAUUCCAACAAUUUCCUGGUUCAAAAAACUAAAACAAUUACCGAUUUGGUGUGUUCAGACACUUCCCACCUUCCGUAUUUUACUUACGAGCAUUCUGUAGGGACCCGCAUUGUUGCAUUUCCAUCUAAAGAUCACGGUCAGGGAAACAAUGGGCUUUCAAUUAUUUAA